GGAGCCGGCGGCGGCUCCGCGCAUGCUCGGCUUUCCGCGGGAGCCGGAAGCUCCGGGAGCCGCCUUAUGGCGCAGGCGGGAGACCCCGGCCCCGAGGCCGAGGGCCGGUGGGACGCAGGCGCGGCCCCGGGACCAGCGUCCUGGCGCUGGGCUCUGGCGCUGUUCUGGCUGGCGGCGGCGGGUCCGGGCUGGCCCCAGGCCUCGGGAGGCGCCCCUCGACACCCCUGGCCGGUGCCUUACAAACGCUUUUCCUUCCGUCCAGACCCAGAUCCUUAUUGUCAGGCUAAGUACACUUUCUGUCCAACUGGCUCACCUAUCCCAGUUAUCAAGGGUGAUGAUGUCAUCGAAGUCUUUCGAUUACAAACCCCAGUGUGGGAAUUUAAAUACGGAGACCUCCUGGGACACUUGAAAAUUAUGCAUGAUGCCAUUGGAUUCAGGAGUACAUUAACUGGCAAGAACUACACAGUGGAGUGGUAUGAACUUUUCCAACUUGGCAAUUGCACAUUUCCCCAUCUUCGACCUGAAAUGAAUGCUCCUUUCUGGUGUAAUCAGGGAGCUGCCUGCUUUUUCGAAGGAAUUGACGAUAUUCACUGGAAGGAAAAUGGAACAUUAGUUCAAAUAGCAACCAUAUCAGGAAACAUGUUCAAUGAAAUGGCAAAGUGGAUGAAACAGGAUAAUGAAACAGGGAUUUAUUAUGAGACAUGGACUGUCCAAGCUAGCCCAGAAAAAGGGGCAGAGACAUGGUUUGAAUCCUAUGACUGUUCCAAAUUUGUGUUAAGGACAUAUAAGAAGUUGGCUGAACUUGGAGCAGAGUUCAAGAAGAUUGAAACCAACUAUACAAGAAUAUUUCUUUACAGUGGAGAACCUACUUAUCUGGGAAAUGAAACAUCUGUUUUUGGACCAGCGGGAAAUAAGACUCUUGCUUUAGCCAUAAAAAAAUUUUAUUACCCCUUCAAGCCACAUUUGUCAACUAAAGAAUUUCUAUUGAGUCUCCUACAAGCUUUUGAUGCGGUGAUUAUACACAGACAAUUCUAUUUGUUUUAUAAUUUUGAAUACUGGUUUUUACCUAUGAAAUUCCCUUUCAUUAAAAUAACAUAUGAAGAAAUCCCUUUACCUAACAGAAACAAAACUUUCCCUGGCUUAUAAAACCUUAAUUCUUCUGUUCUUUUUUACCAACCACCAGCACCUCAGUUUUUCAAAGGGUGUCUUUACAUUUGUGGAUUUCUUAGCCUUUCUUCCUUGGGGAAGAAAGAUAAAAUGCAAGUCAGUAGAAUUGCCAUGUAUUAACAUCUUGCCACUUUUCUCUUGGAAAGAAGCUGAAAUACUAUUUUGGCCAAAGUAAGGAUGUUAGGUGAUCUUGAUAAUGUGGAGAAUUAUGGUUCCUAUCAGAUAUGUAGGACUUUUACACCCAAUAUUUUAGCUGUGAAUCUGGUGUGCCCAAGAUUUUAAAAAUACCCUCAGUGGUAUUUUCAUGGUGGGAGCUACUUUUCCUGGUCUAUUAGUUACACUUUUCCAUUUAAGUUCUUUCUACUAGUUUAGACUAGCUUUACAGCUUUUGUAACUUUUGGAACCAAGUUUAGUAGUCUGGUUGCAUUCCAUUUACCUAACUUUAAUGAUUUGUUUGGAUACCACAACUAGAAUGGUUGUGCUUCCAGAUGUCAUAAAUAGUGUUAAAGAGCACAAAUUUCUGGUUAGCAUUUUGGAUCUAGGCAGUAAUUGGCUUUUGUUUUUUAAGCAACUUAACAACUCUAAACCUAGUUUCUUCAUCUGUAAAAUGAUUCAUCUAUUAGGAUUGUAAAGAUUGCAGUCAUGUGUGUUUGGCAUAGUAAAGUCACAAUGAACUUAAUCAAAGAACAAGUUAUCCUUCAUCUUGCCUAAUACUGUAAUGGUUUACGGGCCAGCCUGUGCUGGGCUUGUAAUCACCUGAGCUGACAGUACAGUGCUUCAGAGAUUCUUGAGAUUUGGGGGACAUAGAAGUAUCAUUGCACACGUGUUUGGGUAAACCGGUACCUUGUGACUCCUUCACGGCUUCCUGUAGUUCUCCUUCCUCCCACUAAAGUUCCCAGUGCUGUGGAAGAGGGUGCACUUCCCAGAGAGAAGACUAGCUGUGGUCAAGAUCUUCAAGUAGCUAUGCUUCCAUUCGGGCCAGGAAAAGUUUUCAAGGUCUUUUACGUAUUUGAUAAUCAACUGAAAGAAUAUCUUUCUACGUAUUCAAGGAAGGAAAAAACACCAGUCAAUAAGACGAUGAAACAGCGAUCAGCAAAAAUAAUGCUCAUGUCCUCAGAACAGUUAUCUGUCAACCAAACCUUACUGGUCUGUGAAGAAAUACGUACGGGAAGAAUAUGGAAAGUUUUAAAGCAGUUUGUUGGGAGUAUUUUUGUUUUCAGUUGGAUCUAGUUAAAAAAAAAAAGCAUUUUGUAUUU